GUUACUUUCCGACGUACCUUACCAGUCUGUGUGAUGAUCAUCUCUGGGCACUAAGAAACCAGAUUCGCUGUGAACCUGAUCAACUCCCCAACAAGUUCUCCUUCAACCUGAAACAGUAUUUCCAGUCGCUGUCUCGAAUCUCUCAGUUGGUCUUUUAUAGUUGAAGAUUCACCGUCGAUCUUGGUCGUGUAAUCGCGGAAUUUUGCAAUAGAAAAUACUACAAGAUGCAGAAAGUGUCUUGUAUAAUCAUCUCGAUUGUGGUAUUUGCAAUUAUUGCUGUUGUAGAUAACGCAUCGCCCCCAGUACCUUUGGAUGUUAGCCAGUUGAAACCGUCUGUGGAUGGAGAAGCUCCCUGUCGUGUGUUUGAUACGAUUAUAGAGCACGGACAGGAGUGGACUUAUCCUGCACAAUGCAUCAACUACUUCUGCUACGACGGAAAAAUCCUCGAUUUGGACUAUUGCGACGAGCUGAAGACUACAGGACCAAAUUGUGUUAUUGUACCCCUUAGAUCUAAUCUGGAUUGGCCCUAUUGUUGUCCUAAAGUUGUCUGUGAUUAGUGAAUCCUGUCGAUUUUAAUAAAAUUUAUAAUUAAUUGCGUCACAAACGAUAUAAGAAGAGUGUAGUUCCCAACAGCGGCAAUCCGACAAGUUUAUGAAACUUUUUAUAAGCGAUAAAAAUAAUAUUAUAAGUGUGUGUGUAUAAAAUAAAAGCAAAACAAAUCUUGGCCUUUCCAGACUCUCACGAUCGCGAAUUUUACACAGUAGAUCGUACAGUGUUAUCUCUUUCUUGUCAAUUCCUAAUAAAGUUGUUUAAUUAGUGACUAUUAGCCCAUUAGUGACUCUCAACUCUUUAAAUUUUGGAUUAUUUGUGAGAAAAAACAGUUACCAUCCAUCUGAAAAACUUCCUGGGCAAUGAAAAGAUCGCAUUCUGUUAUUUUCCUCGCGAUCAUUUUCGCAGUUAAUUCUCUAACAUCCGCAAGAGAUCUCCCAGAUUCUCCAUGUCCAGACAUUUUUGGCUAUCGCAUAAAUAGUACCAGUGGAGAGUGGUAUGGGAAAGGUCAUAUUGAAAGAGAUCUAGGAGAAAGUACUUCGAGCUUAUACGUAUACCUCAUUGUAAAUCUACCGACAGAUUACAAUUUUGAUAGACAGGGAAGUCUCGAAAUUACACAACAAGGCAAUAUAUUGGCAUUCAACGUAUACUUUCCGAUCCAGACCCCAUUACCUGAAGUACGAUUUAUCGUAUUCAAUGAAAGAACAAUUUGCUCAAGAGCUACAAAGAUCGAUCCUAACUGGAAAACCAUCCGGUUGUUCAAGUCCCAUGAUUCUGCAAUUAGAAACUUAACAGAUACAUCCUCAUAUCCUGAACGUUCGUCACAGAAUGCUCCUGAGAAACGUUUGAAUUCAGGUACAGAAACAACAGUUGAGUGCGGAACUAUAGAUCCGAUGGUUCAGUCAACACCUCUUGUGGCUCAAGGUCAGACCAUCCAGCGUGGUACUUGGCCAUGGCUGGUUGCUAUAUACCGGCACAUUGGAUUUGCAAUUUCGUUUAUAUGUGGAGGUUCCCUAAUCUCUGAUAGAUUGAUAGUCACAGCAGCUCAUUGUUUCAGCUCACCCAGAAUACUCAAGGUUGAAGACAUAGCCCUCAUCUUGGGGAAGUUCAGUUUAAGGAAGCUUGAUGAAGAAGGAACCAAAAUUAUCUAUCCAAGCAGCUUGAACAUCCACCCCCAGUACAAUAUAACUUUUCAUGCACCAGAUGCGGAUAUUGCGGUUCUAGUUACUCAAGAAUCUGUGAAAUUCACAGGAUUUAUUCGUCCUAUUUGUCUCUGGAACGCCUCAGAUACCACAGACAUCUUCAAGAGCUCGGGACUUACGGCAGGGUGGGGAAUGGAUGAGCUCGGAAAUAGAUUUACUGACCUUCCAAGAACAGUCAGAAUGCCUGUUGUGGAUAAUUCUGAAUGCCGCAGCUCCAGUCAAUUGCACACAUUACUCAUAACAGAUCGGACAUUCUGUGCAGGCUGGAAGAAUGGUACAGAUGGUGUUUGUCAGGGAGAUUCGGGUGGUGGAUAUGCUCUGGAGAUCGCCGGACGAUGGACACUCCGUGGAUUAGUAUCUACAUCUCCUUAUGCUACUCCUGGCAGAUGCGAUCUCAACAAUUACAUAAUCUUUGUUGAUAUUAUAAAAUUCAUAGACUGGAUAAAGUCGCAUGAUCCAGAGCCAGAAGAGGCCGCUCUAUCUUGCCAGAAUGCUCAAGGGAAUCCAAUUGACUGGUUUAACUUGUACAAACUGCCCAAGAAGAUUUCAACAGGACUGCAGUAUCUCGUGCUGACGGAUAAAGACAAUGACUGGGCACUUUCUGCUGAUUCUAUUGAUGAUCCCAAAAGCAUUCCUGGUCGCACUUUGUCUCAACUCACUGAUCAGCAUCUGGUGCUGAUGUACAAUGAUGAACCACCUGAAGGUGAGACAGAUGCCACGAGAGGGCAUACAAAGGGAGUCAUCGGGACAGAUGGGGAAUCAGGCUUCUGGCUUAUUCAUUCUGUACCCAAAUAUCCAGAAAGGCUGUCUUCAGCGUACACCUAUCCAAAAACUGGCACAAUCUACGGGCAGAGCUUUCUCUGUGUCACCUUUAAUGCAUCAGAAAUGGACACCAUAGGCCUCCAGUUGCAGAUGAAUGAGCCACAUUUCUAUGAAAUCAACCUCCCAGAAUCACUAAAAGACAAAUUUCCGAAUCUUGUCAGAGCAUCGGACAUGAAAAUGAUCAGAGAACCGCCUUUUUGGCGUCUCGAGGAGCUGCAAUCUCAACAGGGAAAUACUUUCAGGAGCUUUGCUAAAAGUGCCAAAUUCAAGAAAGAACUCUACAUGGAUUGGGUGGCUCCUACUCUAGGUGCAACUUUUAUGGUGGAAUCUUGGCUCCAUGGUCCUGGUCGUUUGGAAUCAAACUGUUCAACGCAAUUUGGAGUGUUCAAUCUCAAAGAUCUCGUGGUGCAUAUGGAAGGGAAAUUAACUACUUUUCGCACCUUGGAUGAUCACUCAAAAUGGGCAGUUUCCCUGGGAGAGAAGGAUUGGAUUUGUGUGGGAGAUAUCAAUCGAGCUGAGCAUCAAAAAGUACGUGGGGGAGGUACUCUCUGUAGGUGGGACAAGAAAGUAGCCACAGCCUACAGGAAUACCAUUGUGGAUUAUGAUCCCUGCGCUAUGGAAAUAUCUCCUGGGACCUUUUCUUCUGCAGAAAGUUCUUCCGCGGGAUCCUCCGGAUCACUGUCAACUACUUCGAAGAGUUUCCGAACAUCCAACAUUGGUCGCCGAGGAACUGUAGCUGGACCUUUUAGGAGAAGCGACAGGAGACCCCAUGGAGUUACAGUGCUCUUCUCCACAAGGGAAUCGAGAAUCCAUGCGGCUUCCCUCACUUCCAUCCGAAAGUGUUCAACUUCUUCCAAGCUCACAUUCUUGCUCACAUUGAGACUAAUCUCAAAGGGAUUGACGAUGUACAUGGGAGAGAAAUCGGGCUUUAGGACUUCCCAGAGAGUCCUCAUUCGUCUUCCUGAAGUCAAUAUUUUGCAGAUCUCGCGCAAAAGUACAAUUGAUCCCAUCUAUGGUGACUCUGGUAUCUCCGGGAGUUGCUUUGCCUACCAGGUAGUUUAUCGAGGGCACAAUGGGCUUCUUCAGUUGCUGCAGGAAGAACACAACAAGGGCUGUGAGAGAGAAAUUUGUGAUCCAUCUUCCAGCCACGGAGUUUGUCAGGGAAACCAGUUUCUCAAAAUGACCAUAAUAAAAUAUUUGCUGGCUCGGAGGAUGCUGAGAGCAAGAAGACAGAGAGAAUUCAGAACAAGGAUGAAGAACUUGAUGCUUGAAUACUUCUCUCUUCUAUUGAAAUAUAAGAUGAGGAGGAUCCGAACAGUAUGGGCAUAUUCCCGAAUGGACGCAGCAUGGGUAAGACUCCGUGAUGAAGCACCAGAGGCAGAAUUCAAGGACGCUUUCCGUAUGUCGCGCGAGUCAUUUUGGAAGCUUGUUGAGCUUCUCCGGGAGGACCUACAGCAUCAACCUAAUCUCAUCUCAACGCGUAUACCUGUACCUCCGGAAAAACAAGUUGCAUUGACAUUAUACAAAUUAGCAAGUUGCGCUGAGUACAGGCUGCCCAUGGGAAAUUGUGAUCAUGAUGCAUUCUUUUAUGAAUUCAUAAACCCAACAAUUGGAUGGAUUGGGAUUGGUGCUGUGAAUCUUGGUGAUAGGGAUCGAUUGGAUAACAUAACAAUAUCUGUCCAAAUGGAGGCAGAAAUAAACGAUCAAUCUUACCUGGGAGAAAUUAAAAAGCUCUACUUCACAAAGAUCAAAACAAGUGAUCCUAUUCCCAAAUAUUCUAUAUACUUUGAAAUACGCGUCCCUGUAGAUAAUCCUCUUCCCAACAUCGUGAGAAUUACUGUGGACGGAUACGACUUAUGCGAGAAUCCAGUGCAAUCCAACGAUACAACAAUCAUCAAUUUGGGUUACAUUUAUAAUUCAUAUUUAAACACUGAAAAGCAGUUUAGUAAAGUCAUACGUAAUCCGAAAUCAACAACAAUGGAUCAAAAUGAAUCAAUUUCGCAAAUUCAAAUUAAUAAUCUUAAUAUUGAGGAACCUAUUGAUUGUGGUAGAAUAGGACCACUUGACAACAUAGAUCCCGUGAUCACUGACGAGAAGAUCCUUCCCAGAGGUGGUUGGCCAUGGCUAGCAUCAAUUUAUGCGUACAAUGGUGAAAAACUUGGAUUUCAAUGUGGAGCAACGCUCAUUUCAGAUAAACUUGUUCUAACAGCCGCACAUUGCUUCUUUGAUAACAACCAUCAAAUAAAUAAGUCCAGUAAUGUUGUUAUUCUAGGACAGUACAAUCUUAAAAAACCUCAAGAUCAAGGAACAGAAAUUAGAUAUCCUAAGAGAGUAAAUAUUCAUCCGAAUUAUCAGAAGGGAAACGACAUUGAUUCAGACAUUGCCAUUGUCGAGUUAACAGAACCUGUACAAUUUACCAACUAUAUCCGACCAGCAUGUUUAUGGAAGAAACCUUCUCCUAAGAAGAGCAUUGUAGGACAUAAUGGAGUCAUAGCUGGUUGGGGCCGAGAUGAACUUGGGAAUUUCUUCACAGACUUGCCCAGAAAAGCAGAAAUUCCCGUAGUAUCCGAUGAGACAUGCUUGAGAUCUCAUGAUGCCUUCUCUGAUAUUAUCUCUGAAGCAACAUUUUGUGCAGGAUGGCGCAAUGGAAAUGAUGGUCCCUGCAACGGAGAUUCCGGUGGAGGUCUAAUGUUUUACAAAGAUGACAAAUGGACAAUCAGGGGAAUUAUUUCGACGUCAAUAUUAUCAAAUAAAAGAUCUUCUUCAUGUGAUCAGAGUGAAUAUAUCGUAUUCACCGAUGUUGUUCCAUUUUUAGACUGGAUAAAGUCCUUCAAAAGUCAUAAGUCAUCCUAA